AUGUUAAUGUCGACCGACGUCGCAUCCAUCAUGCUGCCCGUGUCCCGGGGUCUCAUGGACCGGGAUAGAGAGCUGGACACCCUGGCAGGCGUACAUCCCAACGCGGGCGGCGCUCCUGCAGUUGUCCGCGGCAUGAAGCGAGGAGACCCGGAGCCUGACGGUCAGACAGCGGCUGCCCUGGUGGACUCAGCCGGGGCGGAGUGCAAGCGCCCCCGGAUCGACGGCUCAGGGGGCAUCGGCGAGGUUGGCCAGGUGAGGAGUGAAAAAGAGAUGAGCUUUCUUUACAUGUCCAAAUACAGCAGAACAUUCAGCAUGGUGCCAGGGGAUAUUCUAGUGCAUGUUAUAAAAAAUUAAGAUGAUCUUUAAUUUGCUCUUUGAUUUUGUUUUGGUUCAGUUUUGUGAGCCAAAUCUUCUUACCAACAACUGCAGAUUUAACCACUGUUGUAGUUCCAGCAGAAAGGCCCCCCCAAUGGUCCACCAUAUAUCAUUUGCUAUUGAGUGGCCACGACCAGCACUGCAAGAUAUAUGCUACCAGCUCUUUUCCCUACAGCAUCUCUACACACUGAAUAAUGCUAGGAUGUACAAAUGGCCAUUUAAGAGCAUUACUGUGGCUGCUACAUUACAGCUAAUACAAUAAAUGGAGGUUCAGGUUUGACUACUUUGCUAUAGUGAGGUUUUAUUACUAAAGUGCUCUAUGUCCAAGGGUCUGUUACUUUUAUAAUUAGCCCUUUAACGCCUAUUCGAUACAUACUUUUAUAUACUUAUAUCAAAUCAAUAUGGCCAACAAAUAACUAAAAAAACACCUGAAUACAGUCCAAUAAAUGAUAAAAGUGUCCCCUGGUAGUUUAUUAGUUUCCAAAAACAUUUAAUGUAUUAGUAGUAAGUGAAAUAAACAUUUCAGCUCCAAAAAAAAUGAAUUUUCUGGCCAUAAGAUGUGUUGUCAGGCAUUAAAGGGCUACACACCUUUAAACCUCAAAACUCUCUAAACAGAAUUGUAUUUUUUUACCAUAUGUAAAGCUCAGACACACUCCCAUCAGAGUGGUAGAAAUGUAAACAAACUUGACCAUUCAGGUAAAAUAAAAAAAGAAAAACAACCUUUGCCAUCUGGCAUUAUGGUGGGGGUAACAUUAGGGUUGAAAUAGAAACUGAUAUCAGUGUUUGCUUGUCUGAUCUUUGGUGGGGGAGGGCUGACAUAAGGGGGGUGUUUGAGUCAAAAAAAGAGCUCUGAUUUUAUUGGGGGGCAGCCUGAAAUGUAAUCCAAUGACUCUGAUGCUCAUUCUCCUGCUUUUAUCAACAUUUAGCCUCUGUCAUGUUGUGUUUGGGUCAUCAGAUAUAAUGGAUCCUUUUAACCUCUUUUUUUUUUCCAGGCCAGUUGAAUCAAUUGGCUGAUUUUUAGCCAUUGGUGAUCAAAAAUUGGUGAAAUGUUAUUGAAUAGGGUAUCACAGGGGACAGACGGAUGCUCUGGACACCAUUGUGGUGUAAUAUGUAGUGUUAAGCACUCUAUUGGAAGACUGAAAGCUAUUUCCUCGCCAUUGAGAGUGCCAGUAAUGGAGGUGAAGUGGCCUGUUUUCUCCUGUUUGGAAAACUAAAUGGCCGGCUUUACGUCGUCCUGCCGUCCACAAGUGCUGACAGACAGGCUUAGGAAAGUAAUGCACUUACAAAAACAGAUGUGAGUGGAAGAGUGUUUGUGUGGGGUAGAAAGAGCAGCACAGAUCAAUAGCUUCAGCCCCUAAAAUGUAUUGAACGUGAGCUGGCUGGACAGCCCGGAAAUGACAGUGGGAGAGAUGCCCCCCUCCCCAUGCUCUCUCUUUCUCUCAGUUGGUGCAGGAACAGAUUUGCCCUAUCACUGGCAGUAAAGAGGCUUUGUUUCCAGCUAAUGGGAUCACAUCUUAUACUGGAGGGGGCAUUAUAACCACACUGAUCCUGGGAUCCUUAUCUAAGGCAGAGGAUUUAUACAACACACAUGCACAUAUGCACACACGCAGUUAUGAUGGCGAUAGAGAUCUCAAAGAAACACGUUUCACUGACUGAUACAUAAGCUGGUCAGUACUGAAUGAGUAGCACCUGUUAAAAUAGUUUUUUUUUUCACGAUAGCAAAUAUAUUAUCUUGAACCAUAAAGCACCUGUGAGCAUUUUUUGGUGGUCACUGGUUACCAAAAGGCUGGGUAUGAAUCAUGAUGGCCCUGUAUGACCUUCCUGAGCAAACAUAAGCGAGCUGAUUGUUAAUAUGCCUGUAACCACUGACACAGGUUAGGUCUUCAAUGAGGAGAUGGACAGUCCUCUGCUGUAGUGAGUGAAGUAUCUUUCUGAUGAAAGAACUACCUACAAAUGUACAGGAGAGGAGCAGGUUUAUGAGUUACACAAAAUAAAACUUGCCCUCCAGAGUUUUAAGGAACUGUUUUUGAAUUCUGUGGGUAAAACUGUUACUUAGAUUAAAUGUUAAUUCACAUUAAAAAUAGUGGCCCUUGUAUCCUUAACUUUGUUUUGCACUGCUUCAAAAACUGUGAGGUCUUGCCUUACGAAUUUCCCCUUGGGGAUCUUGUAUUAUUGUACUGAGGUUAUGGAACCUUUAAAAUAAUAACAUACCAUUUUCUAUUACAGCUUUUUUCUAAGGGACAAAUACAAUUGACUUCUAAAUCCUCAAGUUUGUUUGAACCUCUGACAUUAUUUUUAUGUGGCACCCUAUUAUUGUUGUAGUAAAUUCAGUUGAGUGUCAUUCAAUUUUCCUAUUGUAAGUUGGAGCACUCUGCUGUCAAAGAAACUUGUGAUUAAAAAAAAAAAACAGCACAAAAGCACUUCAGGAGAGUUAAUCUUUUGAGGAGGGUGAAAGAUGAAAAAUAUAACAGAACCAUGGCUCCAAUAAAUUUCUUUUGCUUGCCCUCCUUUAUCAUUGAUUGGGGAAAAAACACACACACGUACUGCCGGGAUUGUGGCAGGAAUUGAACUUUGACCUGUAACUGCUGCCAAAACAAAGGGGUGUGGUUCCGCCAAAGAUCAGUCAUUUACAAUCCUCCCUAACAAAUGAGAUCAUUCUUACUGGGCCAUUGACACAGCUGUUUUUCACAGGAGCGUGUGAAAUCAUCACGGUACAUGGGUGGAGGAGCUCAAGUGUCAAGUCAGAUCUUUAAAGUUUUAGCAGAGCAGCUAUGCAUGUAGAAAUCAAUGCAGUUUAUGAGUGAGUGCUUGGCUAGCAAGGACGGAUAAUGCUUACUGUGUGCGUUCAGCAGAGUUCAAAUGUUCACGGCUGCUCAUAAAAAUUAGCUGCUGACCUCCUGGGGCUGACACUCUGCUCAUCCAAUAGUAUGGAUUUCACAUGAAUGCGGAGUCUCUCAGCAGAGUAGAGCUAUCCCAAUGAAAUAUUCUCAAUCUAUUUUGCACGAGGGAAGUCCUGCAUUUUCAGGAUGGCAAGGAUUCAAAAUAAUGCUCCCCAUCUUCAGCCUUAAUUUUGGGAAAUGUCGAGAGGAAGUUGUCAGCUUGCAUAUCAAUCCCCCAUAAUGCUGAGCGGCCCAUUUUUGUUGUCACUGUGUAGGAUCGGGGGCUCUCUUUCAGCAAAUGAGGUCUUGCCUGUGGUGACAGCGCAGAGGACAAAUGACUUGACUCGGACAUUAAUGUAGGUGGAUCACCCCUCUGUGCUUCCAUCUCAGCCCUGGUACUGAAAUAGAAUGAAAACAUCAGCAAGAAAAAUGCACUCGCGCUGCCUCCUGUGAAUAUUUAUUUAGUUUUUGAGCUCCUGUUUUUUUUUUUGUGAUAAAUCAUGGCAGAUGUCUGAAUACUGUUUGAGAGAGAAGCCUGCUGCGUUUUUCUGGCGCCCUGCUCUGGGGCAGAGCUGAUAUUCUCAUUGUCACAAAUUAAUUUCAGUUAAAUGAUUCGUAAUGCUUUUGAUGUUGUUUUUGAUUCUUAUAGAAAACAUGAGGAAAUCUUCUACUUCAGGCUCUAUAGUAAUAUUUGUUUGGUUAAGAUGUGAAUUUGAGGAUCUUCUGUCUUCAUUCAGAGCUGGUUAUACAGCAGGCUAAUAGGACUGUUAAUGGAAAAAUAAACUCAUUGGCUAUAUAGAUAUAUAGAUCUAGAUCAGGUGUUGUAAGAGCUCUGUGGUCACUUGAUUUGUAAAACCACUUCCUUGAUUAAUUCGUUUUUCCCAUAUUUCAUGAUUCCCUGUAAAAGUGUCCAAAAGUGGACAGCAUCUAAGAAGAGUGGCUCCACCAACAUCAGUCCGCUGAGUCUGUUUCAGCCUCUAGUAUCAUUUGAAUUAUGUUGAAACAAAGUUAUGUUAAGUCAAUAAUUAUGAUGAGCAAUUACGUCCUGUAGAAAACAGUAAAAUGAAAAUGUUGAUCUUCAGGAUAGGAUGUGAAAUGAAUUGGUGUAUUUAUGAAGAUCAUUACAUUGGACACCAGUUUGAUCAUGUUACAUGUGAUUGGCUGGCUGAUACUGCUUUGUGAAUGAUUCUCACCAGAACUGUCAAGGCAGCUUCCAAAAUCCAGUCUGACUUCAGCCAACACCCCCCUGAAAAAGCAUGUGUAGGUUUACUGCGGAAAGUCUGAGGGAUGUGAAGUACAUGGAGGGAAAAUAAACUGGAGAUCAUCCGGCCGACGGUUUGGAGGCUUAGCACAUAAGUGCUCUGUGGAUGAAAUAGAUUCACAUCCUCCUGAGUGCUGUGCAGCGUGGUAGAAUGACUCUCUGAGCGGUGAAAUGUAGUCCCUGCUCUACUCCUCCUCAACAGAGCAGCGUGAUAGGAAUAGACUUGAGUCUUGUGACUAAAUUAGGCAUCACACACUCAGGAAACAAUCACACACACAUACCACCACCUGUGGUUUUUAGCAGGGAAAGUAGCAGGGUUCAUGAACAUUACUGUUGUCUUGUGGAAACAUAAUCCUAAGGGGAAACGUGGAGGGACGUAACCAAACUCCUUUCCCUAUCCCUUUAUUAUUUUAAGAUUUUCUUGCUACAGGAUGACUCCCUCCUCCCUCCUCCCUCCACCUCUCAUAGUUGUUAUUUUUCCCCUCUCCCUCCUCCCUCCUAUGCCGUCUGUUGACUUCAAGUCUUUUUGUUACUUCGCUUAGUUGCUCUCCCGGUCUUCCCCUGCGGUCUCUUCUCUUGUUUAGUGCGCCCCAUCACCCGUAAAAGAACCACCGUCACCACCCUAAUGCCGGGGGAAAAUUAGAAAAUUAGCCGUGCUUUCUUUGUCGUUUCUUCAGUAAAAGCCCUCAGAAAUGUCAGCUCAUGCUAACUUGUCAUGCAUUAGGGAAAGUGCCUUCAGUUUUGUGUUGUCAAGCUCCAUGUUAGUGUCUGUGCAGCCUUCAUGCAGCUCUCCCUCUCUCAUUCCUCUCAGCUCCUUAAGGAAAUUAAGCACAUGACUCCGCUCAUGUAUGAGUCAUUGUCUUUGCUCCCUCCAUCUUUUUUCCUCUUUUUUUCUCUUUCCAUGCAGUCCAUUUCCUGUUGUAUUUCCAGCUCUGGUUCCUCCCCCUAACCUUUCACCAUAAUAUCAAUUCCAGAUGUGUUUUAACAACACCUCCCCUUCACUCUAAAACUACACACUAUCCUUUGAAUCUCUUUCAAUCUCCUUCUUUUGUAGUUUCGUUUGGAUCCUCUUCUUCAGCGUGCUGAGUUUGGAGUUUGGCCCCGCUUUCAAACACAGUUUAUGCUUUAUUCAUGUUAUUCAAGCCUCAAAGAGGUGAUUCAUUAUUUAGUGUUUCUACCUCCCAAAGUCAGUUCACUUAGUACAUUUUUGGCUCCGAGAUGAAACCCCCACAAACUGCACUUCUUGAUCCAGAAGAUGCUUCCUCCCUCUUUUCUCCUCCUUGAAAGAGCGAGCCUCUGAAAUUUGGAAACAUUGUGCUCAAUUUGGUGAACAGCCGCAUGAGGUCUAGAGUUACAUGGCUGCAGUAUUAAUCAAGUAAACUCAAGCUGUGAAGCAUGGUGUGUAAAGUGUUCCCCUUGGGGAUGGAGCAGAUGAGGGACAUUGGUUCCACAUGAAGGAGAGAUGGGGGGAGGACAGAGAGGAGGGAGGAGCAGAGUAGUUUUCUAAUCUGGCGAUAUGAAGCCAAAGAACAGCAAAUCUGUUCCCUCCCUUCAAAGCAUGUUGUAAUUGCUGUGAAAAUCUCCCUAUUUAAUGGAAUACAUUAGCAUAAAAGCUGGGACACAGUUUGUUACUCACUUAUUUUCAGCCAUAACACUUUAUCAGAGAGUGGAGAUGUUAUUUGUGUUUAAUAUUUAUCUCCAAACAAAAAUGAGUUUUCUUAUUUCGCUGCCUUGUUUAUCUGUAAUUAGUCUGCAGAUGUAUCCCGCAUUGCUUUACACAGCCAGAACAUUGAAAGCAGUGUGUCAGAGAUUUCAUCAGGGCUUAUGUUGCCGUUUCACUUUCCCGACCUAUUUAUGGUUUACAAGCCGUGGGUGACAUGUACUUCUUUUCAGCCCGAGUCUUCCCAUAUCUACAAAAGAUCUGCUGGAUAGGGAUGGAAAAAAAAAACAGGGUGAGGUAGAGGGUGGGGUGUGCCACUGCCAGAGGAGUUAAUUUGAUUAGGAGUCAGAAACACCCAAAGAUCUUAAACGUCAAAUAUCGAGAGAUCACAGAGGAGAGUGAAUAAGUCAUGAGAGAGCGAUAAAAUUUACAUUAAAGCUGCUUGUCAUGGCCUUGAGGAUUAUUGAUCAUGUAUUCAAAAAUCUGCUCUCCUCUCUUUCAGAACAAUGAACCUUUGACCCUCGGUUACCAUGGCUACCCAUCUCACAGUCAGGUAAGAACACAAAAAAAUAAUCAUCUCUUCGUGGUAUACCUCCUUUUUCCUUGAAGUACGAAUGUCCCCUUCAAAUGCAGUUCUGGUGUAGCGUGAACGUGGCUGAGUGAAGCUCUCUAAACCACAAGGUGGGGGUGUAGAUAAUAAUUUAUCAGUCAUGUAGAAGAAGACAUGCCUUCAUACCCUUCACUCUAAAAAAAAAUCAUCCUUUGAGUUUGUGAAAUAAAAUCAGCUUUUCUUCAUCUUCAUCCUAACCUGACUUGUUUUCUAAUUUUCUCAUGCUCAAUCUGCUUAUUCCAGUUUUCUGUCCGUAAAGAAAGACUCACACACACAUUUAAAAAAGCAGCUUUGAUUAAUACGCGUGUGUCAUUGAAUGUGUGUGUGUGUGUGUGUGUGUGUGUGUGUGUGUGUGUGUGUGUGUGUGUGUGUGUGCAAGGCAUCAAUCUGUUUACCCUUGUUUGUAUUUGUCGUUGAUUGUGUUAUUAGACUGCUCAGUUUAUGUGGUUAAUCCUCAGAUCAUCCUCCCUUCAUCCACUCAUCCUCUCAUGCACUACCCAUAAUCCCCUCAUCCCUUGCUCUCUGUGACGCCCAGCAACCACUGCUUACUUAUCUGCACUGUAUCUGUCUUAAGCCUUCACUUGUACACCCUUAAUUGCCUCGGUCUGUGAUAUUUUUUCUGCUCGGCUGUGUUUGGUGCUGUUUAGCGGAUGUGAUAGAAGCCCUGGAAGCCAAUUAGCCCGUUUUCAUUGCACUGUAAAAUGAUACAGCUUUGAAGCGUUUCCUUCCUAAUGAUAAUGUUUGAGGAAUGAAUCAUAGAGACUAACGUGUGUGAGAGAGAUCUCUGGUUUGGAUGUAAAGAAAUCAGUUGAGCGGUACUUGAGGGACUCUGAAGUGUGAACUGGCCUCUGACCAGGAGAAAAAAAAAGGCAGAGAGGAAGAAAACAAUGCUGGGCAGCAGAGGAGACUCCCACAACACUGAGGUGCUAAACUGUCAGCAGCGGUGUGAGAAUGAUGUGAUCAAAGGCUCCUAAAGGAAGAGCCUGGAGAGCAGCAGAGCUGAUGUGUGAAGAAACGGACCGGCCCCUUUACACAUAAAUCUUCUCUAAAGUCCAUAUCCCAGGUCUGCAUCGAACCAAGAGAGAGUGACGUCUUUUAUAAUUUGACUCUAUAACUUCUUUUCAGCUCUGAUGAAAUCUUAAUAUACGUGAUCAUCCGGUAUUAUUGGACUCUGACUGAAAAAGCCACGGUUCUCAUGGGAUAUUUGAUAUUUGGAGGUGAUUGUGUGGCAAAGAAAGGAUUUUUUUUUAACCAUGUGAGUAAGAAGUUUAGGACCACGGUUUGAAUGAAGGACACGUCUCCCCUCUCCCCCACAGUUUCUAUUUGUUUCUGGGUUUCGAAACAGAAUGAACAAACUUUUCUCAGACUAAUUAAAAAAAUUAAAUACUGCUCCUGUUUGCUCUUUAUGUCGUAAAGUGGUUUUCAUUAUAUGCCGUCAUUUUUCCUUCUGCUGUUUUCUUCUAUGCAUAACAAACAAUGAUUAUUUGUGUUAAGAUGGUUUUGUUAUAGUUAUAGUUAUAGUUAGGGGUCUCCCGAUAAAACUUUUUGACUUCCGAUACGAUACCGAUAUUGUGUGGCAUUCAAUAUUAACCGAUAUCGAUCCGAUAUUAGCACAAACUUGUGCAUGACAAGUUUUUCAACAAAAAACAAUACCGCCACAAAGCCAACAUCACUCUUACUCCAUGCUACUAUGUUAGUACCUUAGUACACACUGUUGUUGUGAUCAUGUGGGCUCAGCUUGCUAGAUCAGGGCUAGAUAGAAGUGCCGGAGCGGAGUCUGGAAUGGACUGCUUGUAUCGGAGUGCUGAUAUCUGAGAUUUUAGAUGCAGGCCGAUAUAAUCAGAUAUUUGUUUUUUUGCCGAUAUCAGACCGAUAUCCAAUAUCAAUAUCGUAUCAGAACACCCCUAGUUACAGUAGUUUUGAUAUUUUAGCAUUUAUACUCAGUUAGUGGCUCUCGUUGUUAAUAGUUGGGGUAGUUUCAUUGUUGCCAGUGGAAUCUGUCUUUCCCGUGCAACAUUUAAAUUGCUAACCCAUGCACAAGGGAGUCACAGAUGCAUGCGUUUAUUGGCUGUCAUGCUAAGGUUGAGUGCUGCAUGAGCUCAGUGAGACCAUCAUUAAAGACAAUGCUAAAGUCAUUUUUAAAAUAAGGUGUUUAUAAACUGCUGUUUUGGGAUUAGGGUAGAAUAAUGUCAUAUAUCUGCAAGGGGAAAGCCGGUAAAUUCCCAACUGGUUAGUUGCUUCUUCUUCUUCUUCUUUCUUUUUGUGGUUUUUAGCCGAGCAGGUACCGUGUUUCUCUCUCCUAUCACUAAAAUAAGAGCUGAAAGACGCUAAAACUCUCUGUACUGAAAUGUUGCAGCACAUUUAUGUAACAAGGUGCUCAAGUCUGAAAGGUGCAUGAGAGAGAAAGAGAGGAGAGUGUUCACUUUCUCUCCCAGUGGUGCCAGCAGCCCCAGUUAACUCACCUACAUGGAGAAAGAGAGCACAAAAAAGAAAGAGAGAGAGCGAGAGAGAGAGCGAGAGAGAGGAGGGAGGGACUCUGUGACAUAAGAGGGAAGCAGAGUGGGAGGGGAAAGUUUGCAGGUGUGACAGUAGAAGAGAGGUAGGAGGGGAGGGAGGCGUCAGGCUAUCUGGGUGAGAGAGGAGGAGAACAAGAGGAGGAGGACUGAGAGGAGGAAUCAGAGGAGAUGAGCAGGCAAGGGCACAGCAGCAUAACAGAAGGCUGGGGGUAGAGAGAAGGAGAGAUACAGAGAGGAAGGAGCAAGUGGGAGAGGAGAAAAGGAAAAAGUGAGUGGGAGACAGAGAGAGAGGAAAAAAGAAAGGGUGGGGGGGUAGAAAAGAAGGCGAGAGGGAGCAAGCGAGAGAGUGACAGAGACAGAGGCCAGCACGGGGGGGAAGGAGGAGGAGGAGGAAGAAGAGGUGGUUGAUCGGGGGAGGGUGAGGUGGGGAGAAGGGUGGGGAAGGGGUUGGCAUGGCAGACUGAGCGAGCAGAGCGGGGGCAGAGAGAGGGAGAUUUUGAAUCUGUGAGACAGACAAGAGAGACAGAGCUGGUGAGGUGACAGAGGCUGGGAGAGAGGGAGAGAGCGAGCGAGGCAGCGUGAGAAGAGGAAAGGAGAGAGAGAGAGAGGAGAGAGAGAGGAGCAGCGACGGCUUGAGUUGUUGCACAGAAUAUGAUGAUGGGACUGUACUAUCCUUCCGUGUUGUCGGUGAGUAUUUAUCUUUUCCUAUCUUUUCAUAUCCUCCUCUGUGUACGCUGGGUCUCCUCGCUGAGGAUCGGACUCCACUGUACAUGAAAACAGGCGUCAGGGCUGGAGCAGCACUGUCAUCGAGCAUAAAAUGUUAAUUAACUACGAACAGAUGAGGACUCUACUUGACCCCCUUUACUCGAGUGGUCCAGUCAGGGCAUUUCAGACUCUCGUUAAGACUCGGCCGUCAGUUUGUUACAAGAGGAUGCCAGCAGCGAAAGAACUAGCGUAGAAGGCAUAGAUGACAGCAAGAUAAAGGCUCGGAGAUUGUAUCGCCACAAUUAUGCCUGGCUGUGGUGAAACGCACGAGCGGCAGUAUAUUAUUGUACGCUGUUGUUGUUGUGGCAUCUGUUCUCCUGCCCAGAGCUAAAAAGCGCACGCAAUCUGAACAUCAAGAGCCGCAACUGCCAGAAACUCUGCUCUGCCAUGUAUUAUGUAUGCUCAGAAGAAUCCAUGUGAACAUACAGUACAGCGUGUAAAGUCUGUAGGGCUGUAUGUAACUGUGAAAGUGUGCUGCUUCUGCGGUGAAGUCUUGAGAGAUUUCUGAGGCAAAAGAGUGGAAACAGUGAAGGAUUAGGGGGAGGAGAGGUAAGUAAGGAAGUCUUUUUUCUUUAUUGCCUCUGCAGCUGUCUCUGUACAUCGCUCCAGCCUGUGAGCGAAAGGGACAGGUGUCCCCGGAACAGUUGUCUCUGUCUUUUUUUUAUUGUCGCUCUCCCUCGCUCUCUCUCUCUCUUUCUCCCUUCUGCAUCUUUUCUAUUCAGCUAACAACACCUCCUCACUGUAAUUUCUGUGUCACACAUUUCCCAGACACACGCACACAAACUCAAGCACACAGUGGGCUGCAAAGUUGGUGCAUGAAGUGUCACGUUCAAAUCAUUUCAUUUGGUGUGAGUCAGGCUGUGUGUGUGUGUGUGUGUGUGUGUGUGUGUGUGUGUUCCGUCCUGCCUUUGCUUGCGUGUGCUUCUCUUUCAGCUGUACCUUGGAUUCCUGCUCUCUUUACUGUUUGACCUCUUUUCUCCCUCCUCUCGCUCUCCCUGGGGCCCUGGCAGCUGUUAUCUCAAUGUUUUCCUCCAAGAGCCCCUGGAAGAGGGGGAUGGGAUUUGAAAAAGAGAGAGAAUGGGAGCAGGAGAAUAGAAAAUUGAUUUUUAAGGUGACGGGACACCCUCUGGCAGUUGACAGGAAAGCCCGUGGACAGGGAAGCUGAAUUCAUGCAUGGACAGGCAAAUUAAAGAAACGGAGAACCACACUGAGAUUUGACAAUAUUGUAGGUCAACUGGAGAGAGCUAGUUUGCUCUGUGACGCAAUUUCAGAAUGGAGAGCUGACUCUGCAGUUACAUUUGUGUGUGUGGGACGCUUUGGAGUUGCCUUAUGACAGGAGGAAUCAUUUUCUGGUGUUCGGUGCUACUGUGUGCUAAUAUUUUUAUCCUCUGCUGCAGGAAAGUUUAAGCAGCAUAUCAGGUGCAAAAGACUGAAAUAUUUUCUCAAGCCCCACCUAGGCGUGUGCCCUGAGGCGAGGGAGAGACGCCUACCUGCUGCAAAACUACCCCUCUCACCCACUCGCAGACACACAUUACACACAAAUACACACAUCGCCAGGCUCGCACAAAACUAAAAAAAAAAAAAACUAGCUGUGAGGUUUCACUAUCCUCCUCCACCUCCCACCCUUUCCCAAAUCUUGUUAUUGAUUCUUCGCUGGGUUAACAAUGUCGGUCGCUUAAUGAUCCCAAUGAGCUGUGUUUCCCUGGCAACUUGCAUGACUCAUUCAUUUUGUGCAGAUUGUUAGAUGGUGUGAGGCGCGAGGAAACUGUUGACGGGAGAGCCAUGUAAGGUAGACACCUUUCACACUAUGCCUCUUAUAAGAGAGAGAGAGAGAGUUGUGAAAUGACCCAAAGCUGCGUUUACAAUUAUGCCUCUCCAGCAGCUAUUUGCAUCUCUAAUAAGUCACUGCGAGACAUCUGCGUGGCCUUUUAUUAAAAGAACCUGCCUUUUGAAAUAGAUAGGGGUAGCCCUUGCUGACUCUGUGCACGGUGCAGUUGACAAUGACAACACGGCGCUACAGCUGGCUUGUGUACAUUUUUAAAACCACACACUGGACAACUAGACGUGUGUUUGUAUUAUUGCCUGAGCGCCAAACAAGACUAACUUGUUCAUGGUCAUACCUAAUGUAUUUUGGGGGGGAGGCGUGUCCAUGUUCGGUAAACACAUGCCUGUAUGCGAGUUUGUGUGUUCACCUGCACAUGUGUUUGUCCUGUGAGCCGUGUGUGUAUUUAAUGAGGAAUAAAUGUGGACAAUAGUGUCAUCAUGCCUUUGUGUCGGAGUGUUUAUAUUUCAUAAAAAUGCUGCAGGAGCAGGGGACCAUUGUCACAGCUAGUUAGGAGAUGACAGGGCGAGCUUGUGCGCGUGUUGAUAUCUCUGCACGCAUGCAUGAUAAAGAGGAGUCUCCCAGAUAUACGGUGUGAGGAAGUGGAACCGUAUGUGAGACCCUACAUGGGAAAGGAUGGGGUUGUAUUGGGAGGGGUUUGUUUGACAAGCAGACACGUUACCCUAUAAGGAGAUGGAGAAGAGUAUGGGAGGAGGUGCCCGGGCAUCGCUGGUAUCCUGUUGCUAUGAAGCAAAUGGGCUUGAUUGACACAUGUGGGGGCGGGACAUGUGGAGGGUCCCGUCUGGAUUUUAUGAAGCGUAAAGAAGCGAAGCAGUCAGCAGAGAGAGUGGGAGGAAAAGGAGAACAGCAGCAAGAGGAGCAGAGGAAAAGCGAGAGGGGGAGGAGGAAGAGUGAUGGAGAAGGAAGAGGAGGAGGAGGAGGGGUUGACGUGGGAUGGAAUAAUUUAACAAGAGGGUGUCUCCUGGCUCAUCAGUAUGCCACAGACAUGGCAUGAACACUUCUCCAGCUGUUCAGUCAGGGUAACAUCAGCACGGAGUCAAAAGCCGAAAUUCUGGAGCUCAAACAUCUUUUCCAGUCGUUGUGGUUAUUUUGCAGGAAUGUGAGACGCCGCAACAGCACGAAUCACAUUUUCCAUCAGCAAGUUUGUUGAAUUAGGCUGCGGACUAAUGGCUCGAGGCCCAAUAAAGUAAGAUACUGAGAUGUCAUUAUUCAUGUGAAAUGACCCAGUGUUGCCCUAGUUAGCUCUCAGACAUGUUCCUCUCCUCUCCUCCUCCUUGUCCCCUCCUGUAGCGGAGUGAGACUGCUGCAGACAAGUGCAUUUUAUAACAUGCUUCCUCAGACACACUUGCUGCUGCUAACUGACCCGAAAGAAAGCCAGCUACAGCUACUGCUCUGAGUCACUGGCACUGCCUGGCCAACGCAUACACUUACACAACCCCUUAAUGCCUAACGCCUCAACGCCAAGGGAGCAGAAGCGCAUACACACACACACACACGCUGACGCGCACGCAUGCACGCUACAUGUACACAAACAAAACGUACGCAGACUUGAGUGCUGGCACAAAAACCCGGCUUACAGUUUGUCUACAGGGCAGGCCUUUUGAUAAAGCUGACCAAAAAAUGCCCCCCAAUGUCUCUCCUCUUAUGAUGCAAUCUCUGUGCAGUGAGCAAGAGACCUGAAACUUGCAGGCAGCGGCACACACUAUUUUUAUGGAUAGCAGGCUAUCGGGUAGAGAGAACACUGCUGAGAUAAAGCUAAAGUAGAUCUCCUCUGAAAAGGCCAACCGUGGAACACAAAUACAAGGUUGUUUUUGGCUCAUAUUCCCGUUUCUAUUUUGGUCUGGCAGAAGGAGCAGCAUCAGCCGGGGUUGUCCGUUCUCCUGCUAGGCUGUGGUCUGUUACUGUGUGCAUGAGCCUCAACAAUUAAGGGGAGGUUAUGACUGAUGGCGGUAUAGACUCUGGAAGUAGUAUUUAACGUCGCAGCCAAGAUAUCAAAAUCUCAAGUACCAAGUGUGUCGUAUUAAAUCAAUCACUAUCGUUUUGUCUGAGUUGCAUCACAACUUGUCAAGUCCAAGACUGACUCAUCUUUGGUUGAGUGAGUUGUGUCAUGAGUCAUCAAUGUUGGGACUCGACUGCGACAACAGUAGAGCAUUGAUGAACAUCUUGAAUGCAGAGUGGAAGGGUAGUUUUCCCAACAAAGUUAACUAAAAGUAUUUUUUUUUUGGGUUGCCUUUUCUUCUAACGUGCUGUUAGUAUUUCUGCAGCAGCUGUUACAGCGGAGCGGCUCAGACUUAGUUUUCCCUCAAGUGUUUUCCUUCUUUCUCUCAUUCUUAGGGCUAAUGACUCUACAAUAGGCAGCUUUCCACCCUGACUCUGAGUGUGGCCUUUUGGAUCAGCUGUAAACUCUAAAGCUGUCUUAUGAGAUCAGAAGCACAUUGUAAAAACCGCUUAAUUUGAGCAAAACCCAUCCUUGAGGCAAAGCAGUGCUUUGAGCUAACCGCUAAUGUCACAAGGCUGCCAUGCUGAUGUGUCGCAGAUACAACGUUUACCAUCCUGCCAUCAUAAUUAAGCUUGUUGUUUUUGCUAACAUUUCAUUAUUAGGACUUAACAAAAAGACGUGUGGCUGUAAAUCAAAGUAAGCAAACAUCAUGAUAAUCUAUCCUGUGACUGUUAAGAUAUGUUUCUGAUGUAUGUACUAGGGCCGGGCAAUAAACCGAAAAUUUACCGAUACUGACGUUUACGACAAUAACCAACGUCAUCUGCCCAUGUCAAUAUAUUCGGUGUCAAAAAAAUGAAUAAAUAAAAGUUGGUUUUGGAUGUGUGUAGGUAGGCUAUGGUCUCAUGUCCCUUUUAAGAUGCUGUCCUACUUUGAGGACGUGACUCCACCCCAUCCAGUCUGUAACAAAGAAGAAAAGACAGGUGAGGAGAUGGAGGACGGUUCAAAAGUUGGAGCGGCUGGAGCGGCAGCUGAAGUAGACAAAGUUAAUGUGGGAGUAGUUGUGGAGUAGUUAUCGUCCAUUUAUCAUUAUCAAGGUGAACUGCUCAAUAUAUCAUAAUAUUGAUUUGAGGCCAUAUCGCCCAGCCCUAGUAUGAACCAAACAGUCCACAGAGGAAGCAAAGAAAACCUCCUAUGAAGCGUUUCUUGAGAAUAACAAAUAUUUGAUAUUUAAACUGCUCUUUUUUCCAUUUGUACUUUUAGCAGUAAUGUUAAAGUGAGGUAAGUUGGCUAGCAACUACAACAAGACUGAGGAUGACACUUAUGCUGCAAGUGCAUUUAGUCUAAAGUUGGCUCUUGAGAACUUCUCAAAAGCUGCCUUGAGAAAUGCAAUAAUGUCUUUUUCUUGCAGUGCCCACUUAAAGGGGUUGGGGUUAUGCUGUUAGUGUGGCUGAAGGUAUUUAGAAGUGUUACCUCUGAAGUGUAAAAUGACUGCAGUCUAUCAAACCCUUUGUACUUUCUCUUUUUCAUCACCUGACCCAGCCCGACUGAUCAGCUUUCCCUUUCUAGUAUGACAAGAGCAGGGUUCAGUUUCUUCAUCUAGGUUAGCCGGUACCCAGUGACCCUGAAUGACUUGCUCCACCCACUAUCCUUUUAACCUACGCAGAUGAAGUUAGUUUAAGGCCGGGCUGAUGCAAGACUGAGCCAUCCAGUGUGUCAUUAAGCAUUUAAUGUCUCCUGUGGUCUAGAGUCUGAUCUAAACUGAGUAAUUUCCUUGUUUUGCUCUCUUUUUCUGUCUCUGAAUGUAAUAUAUUCAGGCUGUCUCAGCAGAGGGUUUCAGCUCAUGUUCACAUUAUUACAAUCAGUGAUGUAACAGUGUGGGUCUCAUUUCUUCUCCUCUUAGAGGAAGAUGGCUCUUCACAUAUCAACAAUUUUCUAUUUUUAAGCAUUUGUUCAUGAAUUAGAGCUGCACAUUUACAACUUCUAUUAACAGAAAUGAAACAGAAAAGGAUGGAGGAGUAGUUUUUAUAUGAAUAUUCAUGUAGACGCUGAUAUUAUAUAAUCACAAACUCCUGAGUGGCAUGAAAAAUGUAACAGUCUGUGCAAAUAUCAAACUCAAUACAAGGUAUUAAAAAGAUUGUGCUGCUGCAUGAAGCAGGAAGUCAAGAAUGUAAGGGGUGUUAUCUCUUGGAGAAAUCUUAAUGUGGAUGCUUGUGGACGAGAUUGAAAGAGGUCCAUACAGCUGCAGGGUGUAGAGGAGCGGACACAGCUGCUUUUUGAAAAGUUAAACUUGGACUCAGUGGUCAGUAAUCUGCGGCUGCACUACUCAAGUGCUGGGCUCUGAAGAAGGAAAACAUAGUUUCUGUUUGAAUGCCAGGACAGUUGAGAGAGCAUUUCUAGGAUUUAGGUUUGAGAAUAGGCAGGGCAGUUUGUAACCAGGUUUACAGUGUUAGGGAUUAAUCAUAAACAUGUAUUUACUGUGAGAUGUCAGGGGGAGGAGGGAGUGAGAUAACAGGCUGGCUGGCUGUCAUUACCCUGCUGAGAUUACUGCAGUGCUUCAGUCAGAAAAGGUAGAGUUCAAAGGAUAAACUACCUCAUACCGUUUCUUUUGUUCUGCAGGGAAAACUAUGAUUAGACUCCAUCUGAAUACACAUACACUUGACAUGUUUAUUGAUGACAUAUUUGAGCAGCUGUCCAGAGAAGUAAAAAAAGUAUUCUUAUAAGUAAUAUAUUAGUGGCUGUUGUUUUAAUUAAUAUUGAAUCAAUUAGGACUGGUCGACUUGUUGGUCGAUACGUGCUUAGUCGACCAAAAUUCUGAUUGACUCGACUCGAUUUUUUUCAGCGUCAAAUUACAGUCUAUGGUUAAUUUUAUCAGGAGGAACGUACCAAGUGCUAAUGGGGGUGUUUCCAGAGCACCCCUGUUUCACAGGUAACACUGUGUCUCAGAAUAUCCCCCUUGUUUUCACCAUUUUGGAUUCGCCCAACCCACCGGAGACCGGCUAGAGACAAGAAGAUUGAAGAGUGUCCACGUCGAUUAACGUCCGGUAGUUUGCAGAGUAAUUAUUUUUAUUUUGAGCGUUUCAACUUUCGUGUGAAUUCUCCUCUACCAUCCAUGUCCUCUACCACCCCGCUGAGCCGCGUCGUCCCCGCCGCAGAAGGGUUCGCCGUCAGAGUCGGACCCCCGAUUAUUUGGUCGAACAUUUCAGGGUUUUAGUCAACCAAGAAUGUCUUCGGUUGAUUACAGCACUGGAAUCAAGUUUGUAGGGGGACACUGUUGGUUGACCUGCACAGAGCCUGCAGGGGACUGUACUUCACACAGGGUUACAUUAAAGGGAUAUUCCGGCGUAAUAUUAAGUCAAACACACCGUAACACCGAGUUAGAUAACCCAUCGAGGGGUGAAUUUUGCCGACCGUUUGCUUCUCUAGUUAUACCAACUUUGGUAACGACCACAGAUAGCAAUACAGAAAGCCAUGCGCUCAACCAAAAAGCCACUCUAUAGCCACAAAUAAUGCUCAGAACGGCACCUAUUUUCAUCAACAGUACAUACAGGGUCCCACCCAGAGUACUAGCCACCAAACAUCUUUUUAACUUUGCCUAAUUUCUUUAGCAAAGAGACUAAACACAACUCACCUACUCUCUUCCAGCAGCCGCUUGUUUGUAAUGGGACCUCUGAGCGGUCCAUCGACUGCAGCGGGGUGACGCAGCUCAAGAAAGAAAAUUUAUGGUCAUUACUUUAUCAUUUCCUUUAAGUAAUGAUCAUCAUAUUAAUCAAGUUGGUAUAACUAGAGGAGCAAGCAGUCAGCAACAUUCAUCUCUCAAUGGGGUGUCUGACUCAGUGUUAAAGUGUGUUUGACCCUAACUUAACUUUACUCCAGAAUAUCCUUUUGAAAGACCUAGUGUGAAAAUUAAACAGUAUUCAAGCAUAAAUAUAAAUUAGUUCCACCUGACAAAAUAAAUGAAAAAAACUAGUGAAAGUUAGAUUAUUUGAUCUACAUGAUUUAUUCCGGUGACAUAAUGUGAAAUGAUGUGAAACCUCUACUUGCAAAAAAUUUAAACGAUUUGUACUUUGGAAAUUUGAAAUGAAAUGCUUUUCUUUCUAACGUGCGUGUAACACAGGAAAGUAAACUGAAAACAAACAAAACCAAUAAGAAUAUCAAAAAACCACAAUCACAAUAUUCAAGUUAAAAAAAAAGUUUCACUCUAUCUACUCUACCGGUGCACAAUAAGCACAGUAAGUUGAGCUGCAUCUAAGAGUGGUUACUGUUUAUGAAACAAAGUUUGCCUCUUUCUGUGUAGUCAACUCAGCUCGGCUGUAGCAGCUCUCAUGUCACAAUAUCGAUGUGAUCCGUGUCGACCGUGUGCAACCUCUGGUUUGUCACUGAGGCGAGGGGCCAGCUAACGUGUCACAGGUGUGACGCUGAGAAAGGUCAAAAGCUGGGAGACAGAUGGUACACACACAUUCAUACACAUACACACACACUUACUUACACACAAACCCUCCCUCCCACACACUUUUAACACUCCCAAAGGGACAGAGAUCUAUUGUGCAACUCAGAUGGGCAUCACUGCAGCCUGUUACACACACACAUACUCAGACACACACUCACCAAGUCAGUGUAUCCAAGCAGACGUCUUGUCAGCAUUGAGCCCCUUUAGCGGCUACAUCAAAUUUAAGUUACUGGGGGAAAAAAAAGAUUUAAUUUGACUAAAAUUAAUUAUACAUUUUGUUUUUGCAUUUGCUGCUAAAAGCAACAAUCCUCUGAAAGUUAAAAAAAAAAAAUCUUUCUGUUAUAAAGACGAGAAGAACAAGUGGACGAACAAACACACACGUGAAUGAAAAUGUAGAAAAUGUCUCAGACACAGCAGCCACUUUAUGCAGCAUGUUUCUGUUAGUUUAAUGAACUUGCUGCUGUUGUUAAACUCUGCUUUCAAUCAAAUUCUUACUCUUAUCUUAUACAUGUAUGUAGCACUGGGUAAAUAGGAUAAAUAAACAAGCAGGAUGAAUAUUUAAAAUGUUAGAGAUCCUCUUUACCUUCAUGAGUACUGUCACCAGGUCAAAAUACCUUCAUGGAUUUUCGGCUACUUUACAUUAUUUAAAUUCCCAUUCAUUCCUUUCACCUGCUAAACAACACACAUCUAACAAAAACCAGCACGUGUAUAGUCUCAAUGUACAUGUGAUUGUGUUGACGUUCAAGUUUAGCUUAUGAUAACCUGACUGUAGACUUUUGUAUAAAUGUAAUAUGAUGCUAUCAGUAAACCAAACAAAAAGAUUUUUCUCAGUGAGUUGCAGUCUUGGAUUGAUUGGCUUUUCAUUGCUGUCAGAAAUAGAUCGGAUAGAGAGACCCUGUUUGUGGGUUUAUCUCGGACAGCUACGGAUCAGAGUCAAGCCACACCGCCUCUAUCAGUCAUCACCUUUUAUCGUCGAUCCCUCCUUCCCUCUCUCAUCCCUGUUGUCUCUCUCCCUCCGCUCUCUAACCAUUACCAUUUAGGGUAUCCAUGCCCCACUGCCAACAGCUAGGAAUGUGUGUGUGUGUGUGUGCUAUUGUCUGUGUUGUGUUUGUGUUUCACUGUGUGUAUGUAGGAGCCUGUUCUGUCCUCCUACACACUCUAAAUGUUGGUGUAACAUUUGGUUAUUUUCAUGGGGUAAUGAUGUGCACUAAAUACUUAGGCAGGCUUCCUUUUUAACAGUUGGUCUUUGUGUGAGCAUUUAGGUGUGUGGGUGUUGUGCGUGUCAAAGGUGAUUUGUGUGCAGAGGCGUUUGUGAGUGUGUGUGCAGGCGUUAGACACUCACCAUUGUACAACACUCUGAGCAUGGAGGCAUCUGACCCUCAAUAAUAGAUGUGGCUGCAGUGAAUAUUUAAUGGGCAGGGGGUGUAGAUACAUGCGCCCAUACACACACACACACACGCACAGAGAGAUGGAAAUAUAAUAUCUAUGCUUGUAUGACUUUUCGACUGGAGCUCUCAGGAAAAUGGUGUCUGUGUGGUUGGGUGAUGCUCCCAGUAAAAGAUACUGUGGAAGUUCGCCAGCCAUCUACUUUAUUAUUCUCUCCCUUCUUACUCUUCUGCUCUCUUUCUUCCAACAACAGGGCUCUCAGGAUAGUGCUGGCGGUCAGGAGGGACUCGUCCCACCACCUUUUUCUGCGUUCCCUCCACCUCCACCACCACCCCCCCAGAACGGCUUGGCCCUGGAUUACGGGGGCAGCUUGUACGCAGCGGGGGCCGUCCAGGGCCCUGUGGAAGCUGGUGGAGCGGCGAACAGCGCCGCCAACGCUGCCAACAGCCUCACUGCUCAAGUGAGUGCCAAUCUUAUCCUCUGUGUUGCAGCCUACAUCAGGUCUAUGUCUCGAGAGGGCAUGAGUGUGGAGGAAUGUGUGCUAAGAUCGAAAUAUAGUAAAUCUCCUCAGAAUAAGCCUCAUCACAAAAACAUACUGUCCGUACCCGAAAGUCUACUGACUGAUGUCAAACACAGAGCUGACCUUUAUUUUACUGAAAUGAUAUUCUGUAGAGCUUUUAAAUCAAACUGAGUCAAAUCUUUCACAAUUUUCUAUGAGAGGAGAUGUGAAUCUGGAGUUUUGAAUCAGAUUUUAAACACUUAGAAGUAGGGAUGGGUGAUAUGGGCUAAAAAAUUUAUCACAAUAAGAUUUACCACUCUGGCGAAAACGAUAAAAGUCCCAAUAAAAAAUAUUAUACUUCCAAUCUGUAUUUUUUACUUAUUCUGUCUUUUACACCAGUUGGAAUAUUCAAAUAAGAUACUUAACCACAAGUUUGAGCGGAAGGUUAUGGAGAAAACAAAUGACAUCAAACAAGUCUCAAAUGUGAAAACAUUUUCAACAUUUGUUAAAAACUCUUGUUGGACAGAGUGAACAGCAGCAGAUCCACUGUCCAAUGUCAGUCAUACCUGAUUGCGCUAAUCUAAGCCCCAAUCUUGAAGGAAAUCCCUCAUGUGGAGCCUCGUUCACUAACAAGCUGCUUAGAAACGUCUUCUUCGUUACCUUCGGCCAUGUUUGUUUAUUAUUCUGCUCUGUCUGGGCUAUGGCUGCGAGUCCGUCGCUCUCACUUAUGUCAUCAACUUGCAUUUAUCGUAUUUAUCAUGAGAUGGCAAAUAUUUAUCAUGGAGGAUUUUUCUGAUGAUAUAUUGUGAACGAUAAUUUAUCACCUAUCCCUACUUACAAGUAUUUAACAGUAUACAGUCCAAUGCUCAUUAUUACUGUUGGAGAGAGAUAAGGACUGUCAAAGAUGUUAAUCUGGAAAAAAAAAGCAAGAUUAACAACUUGAACAAAGAAUAUAGACAGUACAACACCCAUUGAGAAAAUAUCAGUGUCUAAAAUAGAGAAACCUUUUUAUUUUUUUAAACUUGGACUAUAGGUAACCAGUACACUUUUACUCCAGUUAGCUAAAUACUGCAGAUAAGCAAUAUCACUGCUCUGAUCAUGUGCCACAUAUAAUUUUAAAGGUCUCCUCAGUAGGUCAUUAAACAGUUUGAGCUUAGUAAUACAACUAGAAAUACAAAUGAAGUUUAAAUACUUGAACUCAAACAGGUAGUUUACAGUCUUUGCAGCUUACUCGUCUGAAAGCUCUUUAAUGAAGCUGAUUUAAAACAGUCACCCAGAGAAACAAAGACUGGACUAUAUUCACAUAUUUUUUAAAGGUUUCCUUCAUUUAUUAGAAAGUUCAAGAUCUUUGAGAAGUUGUGGGAGAAAUUUGAAAUAUGAUUAUUAUGCCCCUCUGGGUUGAUAAUAAGCCAGCAGUGAGAGCAGCUCCAAAUCUCAGUGCACCUGGAUGUUGUCAGGAUUGAUAUUCACCAGUACAUCAGCAAAGCAGUCGAUCCUGUUUUACAUGUUAAUCCUUUAUAAGUAAUGUUUUUAUUAUGCUAAAUAAGAGGUGUAACUUUUUCUUAAUGUGAAUCACUCCCUUACUGCACUUUCACAGGUUGCUACUAAAUGUUCCAGAUUUCCAAACGCAGUCAAUGAAACUGACAUGACAGAAAUUCAAAUGAACCCACUGACAUUUCAGUUUUGAAAACAGGGACAAAAAAAUGUUUCAUAUUUUCGUGAAUAUCUUCACCCAAAACCACCUUUUGGGGUUUUUCCAUCUUUUUCUAUCGAUUGUGUCUCCUCUUCUCUUCACUGUCUCUCUGUCUCAGCAGACAGAUGGGUCCUCCCAGAUUGACGGUCAGUCAGGUGUUGGCUCAGGAGGAGGAGGAGGUGGAUCUGUCGGAGAUGACUCAGAUGGCAAGGGGACCCCGAAACGCCUCCACGUGUCCAACAUCCCCUUCCGUUUUCGAGACCCUGACCUUCGGCAAAUGUUUGGGGUAUGUGGACUGGAAUAUUACUCUCUUCUUACUCUGCCUUAUAACAUUACAACAGCCAAGAAAUGUUGGUAUGACUUAACAUUAAGAUGUGGAGAAUGAUGUUUUAAAUGAUAAAUCAAGUCACGUUAGUACUGUGGCCUCAGGUUCCCUUUUUACCCAAAGCUAAUAUUUCUGUGAAAAGAAUCACCUUUUUCUUUUUUUAAUAUAAACUUAAACUCGAGAUGUUUUUCUAACAAAAAGGUUGUUGAAAAGCAGUUGUAAAAAUUUGGCCCUGUGCCUUGCUUUUUGUAAGAGAGUAAUUCUUGACUGUGGCGCAGAAAAAGAGCAGAGGUGAAUUAUGGUGUAAGGAAAGACCAGCAGGGCUGGCUCAGUGCCAGUUUAUCAUGGCUGAACAGUGCUGACACCCUGUGGCCAAAUGCAGUACAUGAUUAGACAUGCUUUUCUCAGCCUCUUCAUUUUCCUCUUCUUUUUUUCAGCAAUUCGGCAAAAUCCUCGAUGUUGAGAUCAUUUUCAACGAGAGGGGAUCCAAGGUAAGACGUCAGGAACAAAAUGGACGUUCAGCAAAAUCCAAAAAUUAGCUCAGCUUUUCAAGCGAUUUCCAACCUCGCCUCACUGCCCCCUCCUUUUUCCUUUUUCCAUUUUCCCCUCUCCUCUGCUCACAGGGCUUUGGUUUUGUAACGUUUGAGUCGAGUGCAGAUGCAGAGAGGGCCAGGGAGAAGCUUCACGGUACACUGGUGGAAGGACGUAAAAUCGAGGUAUAACUCACCACCCGUACCCUAUUUAUUUUUUCAAAGAUCUAGUGAGCGUUUUCUCCUCUGUUUCCCCUCCAUGUCUUACUAUGAGAAUGAGUUUGUUCUGGUUGUUUCUGCUUCAGAGGUUUCUGGAUGGCUGUAUGUGUUUAACUCUAACCCCUCUGGCUUCACUAUAGCAUGGUGCAGUGGUGCCGCGCACACAGACGUCUCUUUGACAGCACCUCCUGUUGAUGUUUAUGCCGUCGUUAAUGUCGAUGUUGUGGGCUGUCCAUUGCACCUUGGUCUUACUGCAGUGUGGUUUGCAAAGCAUGCUGGGUGGAUUGGCUUCACAACAGGCAUGGCUGCUGAAAAUGUCACUUCGACAAGGUUGCAAACGAUAUCUGCUUCUAUCACAGCAUGUAGGAACUUUAUUUUUGUUUGUUUUCCUGCACCUUUUCCAUAAUCACUUCCUCCAUGAUCCUGAUGAGCAGCCAUUUUGGGUUUAUGGUUGUUUUUAUGACCGGAAAGGCAGUUAUUUUCUCUCUGAAAAAAAACAAACAGUGCUUGCUUGUGUCCGUCAGAGGUAUGUUGCAUGAAUGGAUCAUAAGGUCGGGUGUCAUCUUGAGAUUUUCUUUUAAAAGAUGGGAGCCUCUGGGAAGCACUCUUUUAUGAUUUGGUGUGUAAAGAGUCUGAUGCAUGUUUAGGGGCAUUUUUAAAGGCCAGUUUGUUUAUUUGUUUGUUUGUUUUUCUUUUGGAAUGAGACUGCAGUAAAGAAGUGUGGUGCCAUUUUCAAUUCUUCGAGAAAUUGAUUGUUUAAUUUCAGAUGUUUGAGAUGGAUGGUAAAAAUAAAAACUGUUUUGUUCACACACACACACACACACACACACACACACACACACACACACCUGCAUCCACUACUCUUGGAGAAAAAAAAAAAAAAACCACCAGAUCUCAUGGAAGUGCAUUUUGUUGUCACCUUUUUUUGUGAAUUUAUCAGCAUGAGCUCGGAUUUCAGCUGCAAAUGGCAUCAAGAGAUCAAACACACCAUGCUUUUGCCAUUUGCUCUGACUCUUUGUUUUUGAAUCACGCUUUUCUUUUUUAAGUUGUACUUGCGACUAAAGCUCCUCUGCAUGGUCUCGAAUGUGCUGCACUCUUCUCUGUCCGUGUGUGUGUGUUUAAGUGUGUGAGUAUUUGCGUGGGUGUUGAAUUAGGAAUUAGGAGGGCUGAGAGAGAAUGAACUUGUACGUGAAUGCAAUAGUUAGCUGUCACUCCCUCUCCUCUCCUUUUUUGGUUUCUUUUUCGGUUCUUCUCCAUCUCUUUCUUUGUCACCAGGCCAGUCUGUCUGUCUCUCUCUCUCUCUCUCAGUUUGUGUGUCCCCAUACGCAACUGCAUCUCCGCUGUCCCCCAUUUCUCUGUCCAUUUCCCUGUCCUGUGAUAUAGCCAGGUACUCCACAGUUAAGUUUGAUUUUUGCGGGAUUAUUUUUGAGUUAUUUGAAUAAAAUCUGGGAAAUAAUAACAGCAAGCUUCCUUCCCAAAUUCCUGACAUUUUAUGUUUUCCCAUAUUUGUUUUCUCUUUAAUCAAUCUGUGUUUGUAGUGGGUCUUUAGAGGCUGGAUUGUUGUAAAUGGUUGUAGGUGACUGUUGACACGUGACCUGUGACAUCACUUCCUCUCUGCCUCAGGGUGGGGGUUUGCUUGCAUUGCCUCGUUUUGUUUGUUUUUUUUUUUUUUUUGUUUUGUUUUGUUUUUUUCUUUUGGUUCAUCAUUUCUUUCUUACAUAUAUUUUCUCUAUUUCCCUGAUGAUUUUUGUAUGUUGUUGUUGUUGUCAGUCUCCACGGUAACUGCUCGCGUGUCCUCACGCCGUUUCCCUGGCAACGGUAAGUUGUGUACACAUGGCAUCAUCUUUGAAUGACCCCUCCCCCAACCCCAUCUGUCCAAAAAAAAAGAAAAAAAAAAAUUUCAAAAUAAAAUGCACCCAACACCCAAAUGAAGGACUCCUUUACUGGAGGGAGCUUGAUUGUUUGAUUGACAGAACCUGAUUGGCUAAUCCUGUGAUUGAUCGGGGAGGUGGUGAAUGAAACGAUUACGAGAUUAGCCAGUGACCGCAUGGCAUUACAGAGGCCACUUUUAUAACUGAAUGUACUGCAUCUAUCUGCAAGUGCAACAACUAUAACUACCACUUCUUAUGCAUUCAUUCCAAUCACCUCUCUAACUGCAUUCAGCAUUUAAUUCAGAGCUGUAUCCUGCAUGGUUUACUCUCUCUCUCGUCAUCUGUAUGACGCCAUAUAGUACUAUGUCAUCUCUCUGUGUCAUGUGUCAGCCAAUAGCUGCAUUUCUGCACCUUUAGUGGGACAGCAUGCUGAAGCAUGAGUGCUCUGUUAGCUUUACUGGAGAGAGGAUAAUAGUUGUCUGUACAUCAUGAAGUACUUGAUUAUCACUCUCUGUAUCACUUUGUAGACUGCAGACAGUUGUAGAGGUAUGGCUGUUUAGAAUUAAUAUGACUUCAAAUUUAAGAUUAAUAUGUCAAAGCUUUUUUCUACCUGAAGCUACUCUGCUAGCAUCGAAUCCUUUUCAAACAGAGGAAAAACAGCUGUUCAAAAGCCAUCCGUAGACCCCCAGCAAAGCAAACUUUUAAAAAUCUGGCAGCUUUUUCUUUGUUCUGGUUUCUGUAAAGAGGUGUCCUUGUUUUACUUUUUUGAUCAGUUUGGUUCUGGAUGGUGUGUGUUGGUUGUUGUGUGCUUCGAGGUCUCUCUGGUGUGCGACACUGAUCUGGAAUGCCUGGCAGUGUUUCACAACCACGGUUUGAUUUGAUUUAUUUUGAGGAAUGAUAUUUGCAUCCCCCAUCCUCUCUGUCUUCAGACUUCUGUCACUCUCUUUGUUUAUUUAUUUUCUCCAUUCAGCAUUCCUUCAUUGUUGCUCACGUACGGUUAGAUCCAAUAUAGGCAAACGGUCAGAUGUACUCUGUAUGUGUGUGUAGCAUCUUGUCGUUUCUGUUUGCUCAUUAGAAGAUCUGCACAUGCGGAUGGAUUGUUCACUCUCUCUGCCUCUCCUCCUCCUCCUCCUCAUGUCUGUGUUUUUCUGUCUCUUCAUGUGGACUGGCUCCCCUUCCUGCAUCCCUCUAUAUCUCUGUCUUCUCUCCGUCUUCCCCCUUCCCUCCCCGUCCCCCUUUUUUCUGUAUGACGUGUAAUUGAUUGGGAGGGCUGCCAAACUCUUUUGAUUGGUUUCUUGCUGCAUCUGAUGCUUGCUGAUUGGCUAGUUUUGCUCACCUCUGGUGAUGUGAUGCGCUCUUGAUUGGCUGCGUGUAAUUUGUGUAUGAACUCUUUGAUUGAUGUUUUUUGCAUUGUGUUCUACUGAUAAAUCUGCCGCUUAAUUCACCUUCUUUUCCCCCUUUUUUCAGAGGUAGCAGUGUAAUGGUCUUGGAUUUCUUUUUGAAUGCUUUUGUUCUGAAAUAUUUUGUUGUUUUCUUUGUUCUGUGUGCCAAUGGUUGCAUUGUUCUGUGUGCAAACUGCCUGACUACUCACCAGGAUCCUUGUUUUCGAUGUGUUUCUCCUUCAAAAGAAGUGCAUGCAUUUUGAAUCAUUGCUGCUCAUCAACAGAAUUAACCUCUGUCAUAAGUUAAAAAAAAAAAGAUAUCUUAAAUUUAAAGACACCUCAAUUUGUCGCACCAAAUAUUGAACUAAAAAAAAGAAGAAAGAUAAACUGAACUGCUUGAUUUGGAUUUUGAAACAUCUGAUGACUAGUUAGGACUCAUCUCUGAGUAAAACUGGAUUGCCUAAGUGUUUAACCGUUUUUUCUGGUGUCCAGGUUAAUAACGCCACAGCCAGAGUGAUGACGAACAAGAAGAUGACCACCCCGUACUCGAACGGAGAGGGCCUCGCUACUCUGCCAUAUGGUAAAUUCAAAUUCUGCAAAAUGCACCUUAUCAAACAACUUGUUUUCAAGGUUAAGAUGAGGGUUGUAUUGUCAUCUCCCCCUGUAGAUAUACUUUCUUGUCUGUUUUAUGCAAUGUAUAAUGAACUCGUAUAGAUUAAACUAAAAAAUUAAAAAAGAAACAAAUCUUUUGCCAUACUUAUGCUGCGUUCGAGUUUCCUCGGAAGUCAGAUGUCAGAGCUGAAAAUGACGUCACAGUGGAGUUCCAAACGUUUCAGUUACCAAGUCGGAAAAAAGCAAAAUCGGAGGUGGAACCAAGAUGGCUACAUCUAUUAACGUUAUUUUAGCGCUUGCCUUGUCAGAAUAUAAGACAAGCGCUAAAAUAACUUAAGUAGAUGUAGCCAUCUUGCUUCAGGCCUCCAAUUUUGCUUUUUUUUUUGACUCUGGUUUGACAUCAUUUUCAGCUCCGACAUCUGACUGCCGAGGUAACUCAAACGCAGCAUUUUUGUCUCCUGACAUCUCUCACCCGACAGGAGUUAUUUUCUAUUCAACUGACAUUUUUGUUUUUUUGUUAGCAGCUAAUCAGAUCGUACUUUUAAAGCGAACAGUUGCACAAAUGAUAAGUCUUCAGAGGAUCAGAGAGAGGCCAUCAUAUCAUUGGCAGAACAAUAAAAGUGACAGUGCGGGGUGAUAGCUAACAAUUUGGAGGGAUUUGUAGUGUUAAUUUUUGCAACAAGAUUUAGAGAAACACAUAAGAGGAGAAUUUGGGGAAUUAAAAAACUCGUAAAUUUACUUGAGAUAUCUUGAAUUUCACACUUUAAAAGUGUUUGAAAACUCAGGGGACAUACUGAGUUCUAAGAUUCUGAAUGUGUAUUACGGUAUUUUAAUUUUAUUGCCACAAUCACCUGUUUCAUUAUUUUGGGUCAUAACAGAUAAUAUGAAGGAAAAGUUCAAGCUUUCUGAUUGUUUUAAUAAUAUUUAAUGAUAAUGAACUACCGAAAGACAUCCCCCAGCCAGAUGAGAAGUCACAAAUCUGUAUUCUGUAGACGCAGAGGGAAAUAGCAGUGAGUGUGUUUAAAACAAAAACAAGUCAUAGUAAUUUAUUUCUGGUAGUUUUCUUUGAAAAUGUCGCUAAAAUUAAUGUUUUUGUCCUUUGUCUCCACUUGUAGCUGGUUGGAAGUUGAGUCCCAUGGUUGGAGCCAUGUACAGUCCUGAACUCUAUACAGGUUUGACGAUAAUGCUGCUUAGCCUUAUACUUUAAAAUAAUGACUCUCUUAAAUCAACUGCUCUUUAAUAUCAAAUAUACUCAAGGCUCCUCUUUCCCCUCUUUCUUCUAGUACCGGGAUUUCCGUACCCAGCUGCCGCAGCAGCUGCCUCUACUGCCGCCACCUUUCGAGGUGCGCAUCUCCGGGGUCGAGCCCGGCCCGUCUACAGUGCAGUCAGGGCAGCUGUGCCACAGCCUGCCAUCCCCACCUACCCAGGGUAAACACACACACACACACGCAGUCACACUGAUAAUCAAUAAACUACAGUCCUAUAGAUGGUAACAGCUACACUUUAGUGCAUGUAUUCACUUAGUUGAAGGUAAAACAUCAUAAUCGAGCAUGUUGUGUGUUUGAUAUGUUUAAAUUGAAAUAUUGACAGUACUGAUUUGCUAAGUGGAAAUACCAUUUCCUUGUUCCUUGAAAUAUUAGAGCAAAGUUAUUCUCAAAUGUGUUAAAAUCAAAUUAAAGGGCCUAGUUGGCUGCAGUGAAAGUAGUAUUUUUAUAAAGUUUGUGUAUUUCUAUACAAAGAGGUGGUAUUUUGUCUUGCAUGUUGCACGGUGUGUAAUAAUCUCACCCUUCUUUCUCUUCUCUUUCACAAUCUGUUUGGCACCAUUUUCUCACAUUUCUUUCCCCCCUCAUUGUCACUCUUUUUUUUAUUAUUAUUUCCCACAAUGCCCACACGGUGGCGCAUCACACCCAUUUUUUUUUUGUUUGCUUUUGUAUCUCCUGUCCACCACCGCUCCUCUGGACUCCCACCUCUUUCUUCCAUCCUUCCUUUCUCAUCCCUCUCUCUCAGUGUGAUGGCCUAUCAGGAUGGCUUUUACGGUGCGGCUGAUCUUUAUGUAAGUAUAACGUCUGUCUUUCACUGUCUCACUGCUCAUCUACGUUUUCCCUCCUCCUGCCUGUGGGUUGACAAGUGUGAAACAGCACAGACCAAACCCAUAGAGACGUGUACUUUUGGGUGCUUUGAUUCAUCACAUCUACAUAAAACACUUUCACUUAACUCUAAAUGUACUUUUUAAAAUGUAUUUACUUUUAAAAACGCACAUUUUACAGCUGUAAAGAAAUAAACAUAUAAAAAGGAAAUGAGAACAAACACACACUCGCACAUCUCCAUCAGAUUCAUUCACAGGUAGACUCCUCGUGGGUUUGUCUCUGUGUCUUUGUGAGUUAGUUUGUACCAAUGUGAUUAUGAGCAUGUGUGUGUCUGUGUGAGCGUGUAUGUGUGACCAGGUUGACAAUAGCUGUUUCUGUUCUCUCUGUAGACUAGUGUUUCAGGACAUUAGUGGCAGAUUGCCCCAGGUAGGGUUUACACACUCUGUUUGAGAGCCAGUGUGCAUCCUCCUCGUCUCCAAUGACUGCGUGCUGCUAGACAUUAUUGACCAUCUGAGAUUGAAAUGCCUUUUCUGUCUUCUUCUACUAACUCACUGGAUUCUGACAUGGGUGGAGUUGCGGAAGGGGGAGAAAAAUAAUUAUGUUUAAAACUAAAAUAUAAAUGGGAUACCAUCUCUAUACAAUACAAGUGUGUGCAGAAGAAAUUGAUAAACAUGAAAAAGUAAAAGAUGCUCUGUUAUAGAAAAUACCUGCAACACGUUUAUUUGUUUGUCUCAGUGUAAAUAAAAAGUUUUUUUACAUUAGGCAUCAUUCCUAACUCAGAUGUUAAUACCCCGCAGUGUUGAUUGGUUGUCAUAUAGAUGUAGAUAUAGAUCUCUGUCACACAGUGCUUUUUAUUUGGAAACCAGAGGAUAAGUCUGAAACUUGCAGAGGUUAUGCAAAAAGCAGAUGCUAGAAUUUUCUUAUCGCCCAGAUUAUUAUUAUUAUUUUUGGUCAUUUUUUCAAAAUAAUCUUUUUCUUAAAAUUUGACAAAUCAUAGACAUGACUGAAAACUCAUCUUAUUAAAUCUACACAGGGACGAUGAAUAAAUCAUAUCUGACUCUGACACCGGAGUCUUCUUCAGCAGACAGAGAGGUGUAGGACAGUUUUAUUCAGCACUUCAUUCAGACCCCUUCCAGGAAUCUCCCUAUCUGUUUCACCUGCAGCAUGCUAACUGAAUCAAUGUCGGCAUGCAGACAAACUUACAAGGCUGACCCCCCCCUCCCCCUCCCCGUCUCCCUUUUACUCUGUCCCUUCUCUUUUAUAUCUGUACACAUCUUCUUCUUCUUCUCUCUAUUCUUAUUUUAAAGACAGUAUUUUAAAACUGUCCUAUUUCUAAAUCACUUCAAAGUGUCACCUGGCCCUUCCUCUUCCUCUUCCUCUUAUUACUCUCUCUUUAGCUUCUCCUCUCUUCAGGUCUUUCGUCUUUCAGUCGUUCUCGCUCCUUCUCCUCUCUCCCUCUCUAAUCCCCCCCCCCCCCCCCAUAGCAGCCACUGUGUGGUCCUGAAUGCGGGGACUUGGUCGUGACUGAUCCUUUAGGGUAGAAUGCAGCGGUGUGUGUUUUGUUUUGUUUCGUUGGGUUGUUUGGCCUAAUAUACUGGACGUUCUCAGUUUGGGAAAGCAUGCUUUGUCUCUCAGUGAUUGGUCACUGGCCACAUGAGCGUGGUGUGUGUGUGUGCGUGUGCUCUUCUUAAUCUGACUGGCUGACUAUCUUCUUACACCUGUAGAUUUUUUUGUGUGUUCAUCAGCUGUCCAUCCAAACAUAAAAUAAUGACACAAUCAUCCUGCCACCCCCUCCCCUUUCUUUAACUGUGUUUUUGGGAGGGGAACAGGGGUGGGGCACAGUUAUGGGUUUGAUCUCUCUCUCUCCCUCCAUGUCCAACACUCAUUUGACAAAGAUAAUGCGCUUUAAUGUUGUUUACAGUAAAAGAUGUCUGCUAUGUUGGUCAUAGAGGGAGAGACUCCACAGAGCCUGAGCUACAUCCUUGUGAAUGCCGUACCGCACCAGAUUAGCCCAGUUGUGCUGACUGUCUGCUUGUUAAUCUUCCGCUCUCUCUCAGCAGUUGUCCUCACAAUGUAACCCUUCUAGAUUCACUUCUAGUCUGUUAGUGUGCAGAGGAAAUAGAGCAAACUCUAAACAAGAAUUUAUAAUUUUGUUUCCGUUUCUUUUCACCUCUCCCUCCAUCAAAUCUUUCCUCUCUGCUACAUCCCCCUCCCUACCCUCCUGCCUCAUUACAGGGUGGCUAUGCAGCGUAUCGUUACGCCCAGCCGACUGCGGUAGCGACUCCUGCAGCAGCAGCAGCCGCAGCAGCAGCAUACAGUGACAGGUGAGUGUGCCGUCCAGUUCAUCUUCUAACAGGACACUUGCAGAGCGAGGCGACCUGCAAUCCUUAAAGGCCCACUCCGAUGAAAAUCACGUUUUUCUUGUUUUUUAUACGUUCAUAUGGCAUUUUUCUGAUGCUACAGGACAUAUCAUGAGAAAACUAAAUGCAAAAUUGGUUUUCUGAGUACUUCUUCAUUCAAAUCGCUCUGACAGGUUCAGAAACAGUGAGAUUUCAUACGUAACCACUCCAAGCUCCAACCCCGGAGCACCACUAUGCAGGCCCCACUCUGCGUUUAGAGAGGACAUAGAGAGGACUAUCGCAGAACAAACGCGUGCGUUAACGGAUUGCAAUGCUCGUAAGAAAGCUAAUUAUAAUAUUAGCUUUCAUUAAACCCCUAAAGACAUCAGUGUCUGAGAGCUGAAUAGUUUCUAUGUUACCUGCUACUUCUACUACAACGGCAAUAUUAGGCUGCAAGCUAACCUGAAGACGAGUGUGCAGAGCAGCGCUGUCUCCGCCCACGACUCAGAGGUGAAUUGUUAAUGAUCUACUGGAGCUCUGCAGGAGAAAAGCUCUUGAAAAUGACACAGGUAACGCGAUUUUUGGUAAAAACUUCACAAUCAAAAUUUAAAGACCACUGAGAAGACUUAGUAGUAAGUGGUAAAAGUACUAAAAAGUAGUAGUAAAGAAAAAGUACUAAAAAAAAAACAAAAAAACAAUCGGAGUGGGACCUUAAGUCUGAUUUACAGUGAAUUAAUGCUUGUGUAAAAACAAAACAGUCUGGGAAAGGUGAGAUAAAGGUAAAAGGAGAAGCAAAAGAGACUUAAGCACGAUUAAUGUAAAAUGGCCGAACAUGGAGUCUGGGGGUAAACCAUGUCACAUUGUUUUGUUGUGUAGCGUUGUUUUGAGUGGAUAUAUGUCAGUUUAAACACACACUGUUUUCAUUGCUAAAUACUGAUGAGCCACAUUACACUUAAAUCCACUUCUACUUAAAUCCCUCCUUUUUUUUUUGACAGCUACGGACGAGUGUACACGGCAGACCCUUAUCAUGCUGCACUCGCUCCGGCCGCCUAUGGUGUUGGAGCAAUGGUGAGUCCCCAAGGACACUUAGAUGAUGUGAUGUCCCAGAUUUGACCAUUAGUUAGAGCUGAAGAUGAAAAGAUGUGAAGAUAGGGCGCACUUAUCAAAUUUCCCCUUGGGGAUAAAUUAAGUUCUUCUUAUCUUAGAUUUGAGAUUGUGUGACCCAACAAGACAGUAAGAAACAUCUAAAGAUGAUAGAUUUGGCAAAUGCGAGAACAUUUUCAAGGUGCUAUUAUUAACUUUGCAGUCAUUGCUCUCAAUAUUUACGUCUGUGAAACUUCAGGAUUUGAGUAGAGAGGAAAGUCUCUCUUGGUUUCUGAGUUUGUAGUAAUAAAACAGAUACUACCCGACAUGAUAGAGGCUCUGAAGAUGUUCUUUAUCUUUAUUUCUGAUGUGUUUGAGUCACUAAAUCUAUGUUUUUGUCGUUCCACAGGCCACGUUGUACAGGGGAGGCUACAGUAGAUUUGCCCCUUACUAA